AUGGAUGAAUCUCGCGUGUGGGACGCGCACGAUGAUUACGUAGGCUUGGCUACAAAACCGGAACGCAAUCUACAACGUCCCACACGCGUCUCCUCUGUGUUCCACUGGAGGACCCUACAACGCCUCCUGCUCUGGAAUUCCUCUUGGCCUGCCACCACGGGGUUUGUCGACGCACAUUGCCACCUUGACAGGUUGUUCAACGCCACCGGACACACCGGGUGCCUAGUCGAUUUCUUUUGUCGCUCUGGUAUCGAAACGCACGACUUCACAGGCUGUAUAGCAGUUUUCUGUGAUGAGGCCACCCUGCGUGACUCUGAGAGAGUCAAGGAGCUUGUUUCCGACGAAAACGUAUUCGGUGCCGUGCGAUUCCACCCCAAAAACGCCCAAAAUUUCACCCAAGACGCCGAAGCUGUCAUUCGUUGUCUCCUAAAACAUCCAAAAAUCUGUGCCUUGAGUGAGAUAGGGUUAGAUUAUGCAAGAGGACAUGACCGGCAUACGAAGGCUCAGCAGUCGGUCUUUCGGCGGCUGUUGGGAGUUUCUGUUGAGCUUAAGGUGCCGGUCGUGAUCCAUUGUCGUGAUGCUGAGGAGGACUGUUUCAAGAUCGCUCUCGAGUCACUUCCCAGGUAUCAUCAUAUACACCUCCAUUGCUACAUGCGAAACUGGGAAGGGGCCCGGAAGUGGUGUGAUGCUUUCCCGAAUCUGUGUGUGGGGCUUACAAAUGCUGUCACCUGGGGGAACCCUGGCCCGAGGAGUGUGGCUCAGCACAUUCCUCUGGACAGGCUGCUCCUCGAGACUGACGCCCCAUACUUUCCUCCUAGAACCCAGGAAACGGUCCACUUCAGCGUCCCGACGAUGGCCCAAUUUGUGGCGGAGGAGGUGGCGCAUAUCAGAGACAUCCCCAAGCAGGAGGUGUUUUCUCACACUCUGAAGAACACUGAAUGGGUAUAUGGAGUGAAAUUCCGAACAUAACUGAAUCAGCCAUCUGAAGACUACUCAUCCACUGUUCGCUGGACCAGGAUGACCGCUGGAACCUUAUGCUGGACCCUAAUGCCCAUCGGACCUUGAAGCUCGCUCACAGGAUUAAUUGAUUGCGAGAAAUCCCAGACCGAUAUGAUUUAUAUCUACAUGUAUAUGGUAAACAAGAAUGACUGUAGGAUGUUGUUCCCGACCACAGUAAACUUGUCAUGAAGUAAUGUCAUGUUCUAAUGAUUGUAUUUAACAAUAGAAGUGAUUUUUUUUUAAUGCCAGUCGCUGUAUAAAAGGUUUCGUACUGCAACAUCUGUCCAAAAAAAGAACAAAAGAAAAAAAAAGAUGGACAUUUGUUUAUACAUAAACUAUAGAAAUAUGUUUAUGGAGUGUUUAUUCUUCAUUUUUCUGUCUUCUUUAUUUAUUGAAUAGUUAUAGGUAAGAAGGAAAAGUUAUAUGGAGGUAUGUUAUACAGAAAGUAUAGAAAUAUGUUUAUGGAGUGCUUAUUCUUGUUUUUUGUUUUUUCUUCUAUUUUGUUUUUCUCUCUCUCUAUA